UGGGCCCCCGUAAAGACUCCUCAUGCUGCUGCCAGGCCCGUAAUCUGUCAUGGGCCCCUGUACCGCCUCCUCAUGCUGCUGCCAGGCCGUAAUCUGCCAUGGGCCCCCGUACCGACUCCUCAUGCUGCUGCCAGGCCCGUAAUCUGUCAUGGGCCCCUGUACCGCCUCCUCAUGCUGCUGCCAGGUCCAGAGUGUGUCAUGGGUCCCUGUACGGCCUCCCAUUGCUGCUGUCUCCAUCGCCACACUCUGCCAUGUGCCACUUUCAGGUCUCCUCACACUGCUGGUGGGUUCCAUUUUGUCAUAGGGUGCUGGCAGAUUACGGGCCUCCCAUUGCUGCUGCCAGGCCCGUAAUCUGCCAUGGGCCCCCGUACCGACUCCUCAUGCUGCUGCCA